UCGGCCGUCGCUCGAGGGCCGCGCUGGCGCUCUGUUGGCUGCCGUAUGUCGGUAUUCCGUACUGGGAUGUGGACGGAGCUGAACGUUCCAUGUCGGAUGCGCACAACCUGUCCUCCCGCUGGGAAACAUUGGUCGAUGAAGAGCUGCUGUCGGUCGUGCCUGCUCAUUGGCUUUCCUUUCCACCACCUUCUCCGGAGGCCCACAUGGCCUUAGCGGCAGUCUACUUCGUACUCUUCGUGGCUGGAUUUCUCGGAAAUACUUCGCUCAUCUAUCUUUUCCUCACAACACGCGCUCUGCGCACGAGCUCCAACUUGCUGGUGUUCAACCUGGCCCUGAGUGACCUCCUGAUGGACCUGGAAAUCCCGCUACUUGUUUACAACAGCCUCCGACAGCGGCCAGCUCUCGGUAUAUGGGGCUGUCGCUUGUACGGCUUCAUGGGAGGCGUGUCUGGCACAUCAGCCAUCCUGAGCAUCACUGGCCUUGCCUUAGAUCGCUGUUGCGUCAUCUGGCAUCCGUUCUGCACCAGUCCAGUGGAUACCUUCAGCCGUCGUUCGUUAGUCCUUGCAAUAACAACAUGGAUCUACGCGACCGUCUUCUCCGUCUGUCCUCUAUUUGGCUUAAACCGCUAUGUCCCCGAAGGUUUCCUCACAUCCUGUAGCUUCGAUUUCCUGUCUACAGCGCCACGUGACCGCAACUUCGUCUGGGCCUUUUUCGUCGCCGCCUGGUGCGUGCCCGUCGCUACCAUUACCGGCAGUUACGCCGCCAUUCUCGUUGCGAUGCGCCGUAGCGGCCAAGAGAGUACCUGUGGCGACAACUCGAAUAACAAACAUAGACGCCAUAUCCAGAGGGCUAGUGAACUUCGGGUAGCGCGCGUGGCGUUGCUGCUCCUGGGGCUGUGGAUGGUGGCCUGGACACCGUACGCUGUGGUGGCACUACUGGGCAUUACGGGUCAACGGCGAUGGUUGACGCCGCUGGGAUCUAUGUUACCUGCCGUGUUCUGCAAGUCGGCGGCUGUGUUGGAUCCGUUCGUGUAUGGCCUCAACAGCCCGCGCUUUCGGCGAGAGUUGAACAAGAGACUGUACUGUGUACGAUGUCAAACGCUGCCAAGUGGUCCGGGUGAAAAGCAUCAUUCUUCUGAUCGUGCUUCUGACGCAGUCGUGACAGCGUUUAUGCAAAGGCUGUCUUCGACCAAGAAUUUGUGUCGGCCACCACGGGUGGCUUGCUCUGAAGUAUGACCAAAGUGGUAUUUAUGAGACUCAAAGCGUGUCACUUUGAAAGUAAAACUCCUGCAUUUCGGGUCGUGAGAAGCAGGUAAUGUAAUGAAGGUGCUAUACUCCGGAACAGGCCAAUUCCUGCAGGUCAACGCAAAUCUUAAGGCAUCUGUGAUUGGCUUGGGAUAGGCGCAUAACGCCUCCGAGUCACAACGCCUUCAAAUGUUGCUUGUACAAUGAACAUGUUGUGAAAACACCCGUCGGGGACAUUUGCAUGCAUUUAAAGCAAACGCGUAAAAUAUUCGCGUUAGCAAAACAUGCGGAUCGGCUUCUUCGUCUGUGGGUCUAUGGCGUCCGCCACCUUCUCAUGUGCGAACUACAUUCUCCGCUGGCGGAGAUAUACACCUGUGUGCCUGCAGCACUUGAGUUGUUUCGGAGCAUAGUUGAAAAGAGUGCCUUGGUGUAAGCAUUUUUGUCUCGCUUUCAUGAACGUACUGUACGAUGUUGCGUACGAGUGAUAUUACGCAUGUUCCUGUCAUGUUCCUGUUGCGUAUCUGUUGUGCUCUGUAUGUACUGAGAUAGAAACGCAUCCUCAAGUCCGUGCAAUGUUGAGAAUUCAACCUCACUUCCAGUGCAUCCCAUUCGCCUGUCUAGGGGUUGACCAAUCCGAAACUGUCGCU